UCAUUACCAAAACAUGUUUAUCAGACUUGAGAUGGAACGCUUCACAUGUUCAUGAGUUCACAUUUCUCCAUUUAAACAGAAUCGAUUCUAUGUGGAGAAUCAAAUGUUUAUAGUAACCUUUAUUAAAGCUAAGCCAUUAUUUUACCUAUAGCUACUUGAAAGAAACGGUGGAGGAGGUUUUCUAAUCUGUAUGUUGAUCAAGAUUUGGAGAUCAGAUUCUGUUUCAACUGUUCAGAUUCAUCAUGAAUGACACAUGCAGAGAUUUUUCUCCAGGAUGCAGUUCUGUUCAUCAGAAGAGGUCAGAACCAGAGCCCAGCUGUGUGUCUAUGAGGAGUGACUGGUCUAUGGGUCCGCCACUAAAUUUCAAGUCAGUCCUGCCACCCAGAUCAGCCGUAACAAAACCCAUCUGUAAGAAGAAUGACCAGUCUAUUAAUCAACUACAGGACAUUAAUGAAAGCAGAUAUCCUGGUGUCAGCCAUGAAGUCCUCAACAGGUUUAGAUCAAAUCUGAUGAAGAAGUUUGAGUGUCUGUAUGAGGGAACAGCAAAGCAGGGAAACCCAACACUCCUGAAUGAGAUCUACACAGAGCUCUACAUCACAGAGAGUGAGAGUGGAGAGAUCAGUAAUGAGCAUGAGGUGAGACAGAUUGAGACACAAUCCAGGAGAGCAGCAACAGAGGACACACCGAUCAAAUGCAAUAACAUCUUAAGACCUUUACCUGGACAAAACAAACCCAUCAGAACUGUGCUGACAAAGGGAGUCGCUGGCAUUGGAAAAACAGUCUCUGUGCAGAAGUUCAUCCUGGACUGGGCUGAAGGGAAAGAGAAUCAGGACGUCCAGCUCAUAUUUCCACUUCCUUUCAGAGAGCUCAAUUUCAUGAAGGACAAAACACUCAGUCUUUUAGAUCUUCUUCGUGUCUUUUUCCCUGAAUCAAAAGAAAUGCAAAUAUCCAAUGACAAAUAUAAAAUGUUGUUCAUCUUUGAUGGUCUGGACGAGUGUCGUCUGUCUCUGGAUUUUCAGAGCGAUGUGAGGUUGUGUGAUGUAAGUGAAUCAGCCUCAGUGGACGUGCUGCUGACGAACCUCAUUGUGGGGAAUCUGCUUCCCUCUGCUCUUAUCUGGAUCACCUCCAGACCAGCAACAGCUGAUCUCGUUCCCUCUGAUUGUGUCCAUCGAGUGACAGAGGUACGAGGUUUCAAUGAGCCACAGAAGGAGGAAUACUUCAAGAAGAGAAUUAGUGAUCAAAGUCUGGACAAUACAAUCAUCACACACCUGAAAUCAUCAAGGAGUCUCUACAUCAUGUGUCACAUCCCAGUGUUUUGCUGGAUCUCAGCCGCUGUUCUAGAGAAGAUGUUGAGUGAAGCAGAGAGUGGAGAGAUUCCCAAGACUCUCACUCAAAUGUACACACACUUCCUGAUCCUUCAGACCAACAUCAAACAUGAGAAGGACUAUGAGAAGAACGUGACAGAUGAAGACAUGAUCCUCAAACUGGGAAAACUGGCUUUUCAGCAGCUUGUGAAAGGCAAUGUGAUCUUCUAUGAGGAAGACCUGAGAGAGUGUGGCAUUGAUGUGACAGAAGCAUCAGUGUACUCAGGAUUGUGCUCUCAGAUCUUCAGAGAGGAGUUUGGCUGGUAUCAGGGGAAAGUCUUCUGCUUUGUUCAUCUGAGUGUUCAGGAACAUCUAGCAGCUCUAUAUGUGCACCUAUCCUUCACAAACUACAGCUCACAGUUUUUCUCUAGUGUGUUCUCUGACCUCUCAAUGUUUUUAACAUCUACUUUAUCUGAUCUACAUCAAAAGGCUGUGAAUGAGGCUCUACAGAGUAAAAAUGGACAUCUGGAUCUUUUCCUGCGUUUCCUUCUGGGUCUGUCAGUGGAGUCUCAUCAGAUUCUCCUACAAGGAUUAAUGAAACAUACAAGCAGAUCUGACAGCAGUGAGAAAACAGUUGAGUACAUCAAGAAGAAGAUCAGGACCAUUGACUCUUCAGAGAAAUCCAUUAAUCUAUUCCACUGUCUGAAUGAACUGGGUGAUCAUUCACUCGUGGAGGAAAUACAACAGUAUCUGAAAUCUGGAAGAAUAAAAGAAGCCAAUCUCUCUUCAUCUCAGUGGUCUGCUGUAGUUUUUGUGUUGUUGACAUCAGAGAAAAAUCUGGAUGAGUUUGAUCUCAAGAAGUUUAUUCUAGGAAACAAUAAAGCUGAAAAUAUGAACGUUUUUCAGAAGCUGUUACCUGUGAUGAAAGAAUCCAGAUCACUUCAGUUGUAUGAUUGUGGCGUCACAGAUGAAGGUUGUGCUGCUCUGAUUUCAGCUCUGAGAUCAAACCCCUCAUACCUGAGAGAACUGAAUCUGUCUGGGAAUAAAAUAGGAAAAUCAGUGAAUCUGCUGUCUGAUGUACUACAGGGUCCUCACUGUAAAUUGGAGAAACUGUGGUUGUAUGAUUGUGGAGUCACAGAUGAAGGUUGUGCUGCUCUGUCUUCAGCUCUGAGAUCAAACCCCUCACACCUGAGAGAACUGAGUCUGUCGUUGAAUAUAAUAGGAAAAUCAGUGAAUCUGCUGUCUGAUGUACUGCAGGAUCCUCACUGUAAACUGGAGAAACUGUGGUUGAGUUAUUGUGGAGUCACAGAUGAAGGUUGUGCUGCUCUGGCUUCAGCUCUGAGAUCAAACCCCUCACUCCUGAGAGAACUGAAUCUGUCUGAGAAUAAAAUAGGAAAAUCAGUGAAUCUGCUGUCUGAUGUACUACAGGAUCCUCACUGUAAACUGGAGAUACUGUGGUUGAUGAAUUGUGGAGUCACAGAUGAAGGUUGUGCUGCUCUGACUUCAGCUCUGAGAUCAAACCCCUCACACCUGAGAGAACUGAAUCUGUCUGGAAAUAAACUAAAACAAUCAGGAAUGAAGUUGCUUUCUGAUAUGAAAGAUGAUCCACAUUAUAAACUGGAGAGAUUAUAUUAUUGACUCUCAGUAUUUAGACGUCAGUCCAGUUGAUCAGCUGAUGGUGAAUAAGGAGCUACAGAGACUGAAGACACAGAGACACACAGCGAUCACACUGACGUGUGUGUGAGACUUAACACCAGUUUCUCGUUUCAUAGUAAUUGCUGAUUGUUAGAUUAAAAUCUCAAUCUUAGGUAGAAUAGUUGAAGUCUCAGUCAUCAGUUUAGAAACAUGCGCUUCAACCCUGUGAUGUGUGGCAGCAGCAGCGCAAGAUCUCGGGAGAAUGACCAAGCAGUCACAGAUCAAGUGUGGUACAAAGCAUUCUCAGAUUUACUCAGGAAGAAGGGUCAUAUUUAUUGACAUAGGUCAGACAACAAUCUCCAGGAUGGCUUGAGCAUCCAAUCAUACGACUUUCAAACCUUACCAUGUAUGGUACUUCAAGAAAUAUAUUAAGUAAGAAAUGUAUGUGUGUCCUAAUGCAAAUAGAGUUCAUUUAAGCUGUACAGCAGCUCUAAAAGAAAAUAGUGUCAUUGUUCAGCAUUGUUCAGUUCAGUGUUGAUUUAGUUGCAUUGUAAAGAUAAUCAAUUGUUAUGUCAAUUAGUUAUUUUCAUCUAUAAAGCAGUUCUGCAAAAAACAGUGAUGUCAUCAUCCAGCUCAGUUAAUUUCCCAUCCAAUAGUGUCAAAUCAAUAAUAUUGUUAAAUAUUUUUGAAUAUUGUUGAGGACUUCAACUCCAAAUCACAGGCAAUGUUGUUUCUUGCUCUUGCUCUCUCUCAUCCUCAUCCUCUUCCUUCUCUUCCACCACCUCUUACACAUAUUCUUCCUCCUCUCCAUUUCAGAUUGUUUCUGAGUUUCUCUUAUGGUGAAUGUUCAGUACAGCGGCAAAACUCAGCUUAGUGCCGCUGACAACAUUAAAAUUCCUCUGCUUUGGAUAUAUAUACUCUCACUAUAUGAGUAUACACUUUUUGGCCACUUUGUUAGGUAUAGGUGAGAGUGGGGCACAACCCUUUUUUUUAGCUUUUUCAUUUUGUGUAAAUCCACUUGGGGUUCAAAGAAUUUAUUUUUCUCCACAAUAAUUUCACAUGUCUAAUACAAAAAUGUGGUUUUGUUUCAUUAUUAGAGCAUAUAGCCUACUUUUUCUUUAUUUACCUUGAAAGAAUGAAAGAGAAAUGUGACAACAUGCCCCGUAGGUGAGGCACACUGUUACAUGACCGUAUGACAGAAUCUACUGUAUAAGAUAUGCAAGACAAAGUAAAAUAUUUUGGCAAUAAAAAUACAGUUAUUAAC